AUGCUUAGGAGUGGCAAACAAACUGGCGAGCUGACUAUAGACUCUACUAUUGGACCUCAAACUACUGGUGAAAUGAGCCCUAAUGAGAAGGUUAAAUCUAAAGAGCUUGUUGAUGCAUCAGAAAAAGAAGUUCCACAAAUUGUCACUCAUAUGCCUAAUGUCCGACCCUCGAAGUUAUCGACGCAACCAAAAGUGUCGGCGCAAUCAGAUGAGCUAUUGUUCAAGAAGAAGAAGCUUAGUGAUAUGGAAACUAUUGCACUCAUAGAGGGCUGCAGUGCUUUUUUGACUAAUAAAUUGCCCCCUAAAAUGAAAGAUCCUGCUUUAUGCGACUUGGGAGCUAGCAUCAACCUAAUGCCGCUAUCAACUUUCAGAAAGUUUGGAAUUGGUCACAUGAAACCUACUGUAGUGGCAUUGCAACUAGCUGAUCAAUCUUUGGCUCAACCUGAAGAGCAAAUCAAAGAUAUCUUAGUUCAUGUGGAUAAAUUUAUUUUUUCGGCUGAUUUUAUCAUACUUGACUACGAGGCAGGCAAGGAGGUUCCCGUAAUCUUGGGACGACCAUUUUUAGCCAUCAGGCGAACUCUUAUUGAUAUUUACAAAGGUGAACUGACCAUGCGACUUAAUGAUGAGCACGUUACCUUCAAUAUUUUCUAA